AAUUCAUUUCUCAAGAUACCCUUAUGGUUGUAAAUUCUAGGAUAAGAAUAAUCAAUACCAAAAAAUCACUGACAAAGCUGAACCACUAGAAAAGAAAGCAAAAAAUUUCUACUUUGAUGAGUUUUGAUGAGAAUAAGCCAGGUUGUGGUGAAAGUGGUAAAAUCAUAUCAGAAGCAGAUAUUAAUGCUUUUAGCAACGGAACAAACCAUAGCAGCAGCAACAACAUAACAAUAAUGCCUUCUGGUGCAAUCUCACAACCUCGUUUAUCAACUCCUACUUCUGUUAAAUCCAUGUUCAACUCACCUGGUCUAUCUUUAGCACUUCAAACAAAUAAUGGUUUGAGAAGGAAUAGAGAAGAAGAAGAAGAACAUGAAAGCAGAUCUGGUGGUAGUGAGAACAUGGAUGGUGUUUCUGGUGAUGAUUUUGAUGCUGCCGACAAUCCACCAAGGAAGAAACGUUAUCACCGACACACUCCUCAACAAAUUCAAGAACUUGAAUCGAUGUUUAAGGAGUGUCCUCAUCCUGAUGAAAAACAAAGACUUGAACUCAGCAAAAGGCUUUGUUUGGAAACAAGACAAGUAAAAUUUUGGUUCCAAAAUAGAAGAACACAAAUGAAGACUCAAUUAGAACGCCAUGAUAAUUCGCUACUUCGGCAAGCAAACGAUAAGCUAAGAGCUGAGAACAUGUCAAUAAGAGAAGCAAUGAGGAAUCCAAUGUGUUCAAAUUGCGGCGAACCAGCUAUCAUUAAUGAAAUAUCACUCGAAGAACAACAUCUAAGAAUCGAAAACGCGAGAUUAAAAGACGAACUCGACCGAGUUUGUACGCUUGCUGGCAAGUUUCUAGGCCGUCCGAUUACGUCGUUACAAAACUCAAAUUUAGACAUCGGUUUCGUUGGUUUGAAUAAUAAUACUUUGCCUUUGGAACAAGAUUUUGGUAUAUCAAUGGAGAGAUCCAUGGUAACAAAUAGUAGCAAUGGAAAUGGUUUUGAUAGAUCAAUGGAGAGAUCUAUGUUUCUUGAACUCGCUUUAUCUGCAAUGGAUGAGUUAGUGAAAAUGGCUCAAACUAAGGAGCCUCUUUGGAUUAAAAGUGUUGAAAGUGGAAGAGAAAUUCUUAACCAUGAGGAAUAUUCAAGGACAGUUGGUUCUUCUUGCAUUGGUUUGAAACCAAAUGGUUUUGUUUCUGAGGCUUCUAGAGAAAGUGGUGUUGUUAUCAUAAACAGCCUGGCUCUUGUUGAAACUUUAAUGGAUUCAAAUCGAUGGUCAGAGAUGUUCCCUUGUGUGAUUGCAAAAGCUUCCACAAGUGAAGUUAUAUCUAAUGGAAUAAAUGGAACUAGAAAUGGUGCUCUUCAACUGAUGCAAGGGGAACUUCAAGUACUUUCUCCAUUGGUUCCAGUUCGUGAAGUGAAUUUUCUACGUUUUUGCAAGCAACAUGCAGAAGGGGUAUGGGCAGUGGUUGAUGUGUCCAUAGAUACCUUCAGAGAAACUUCUUCUGGCGGUGCACCCACUUUUCAUAACUGUAGGAGACUUCCUUCUGGUUGUGUGGUUCAAGAUAUGCCUAAUGGUUACUCUAAGGUGACAUGGGUGGAGCAUGCUGAAUACGAAGAAAACGAUGUUCACCAGCUCUACAAGCCCUUGCUAAGCUUAGGCAUGGGGUUUGGCGCACAACGUUGGGUUGCAACCCUCCAACGCCAAUGCGAAUGUCUAGCCAUCUUAAUGUCAUCAGCACUCCCCUCUCGAGAACACUCUGCAAUAAGCGCGGGAGGAAGGCGAAGCAUGCUAAAGCUAGCGCAACGAAUGACAAACAACUUUUGCGCCGGAGUUUGUGCAUCAACAAUACAUAAAUGGAACAAGCUAAACGCAGGGAACGUGGGCGAAAACAUUAGGGUUAUGACACGGAAGAGUGUCAAUGAUCCAGGUGAGCCAUCGGGGGUUGUGCUAAGCGCGGCAACCUCCGUUUGGCUACCAAUUUCUCCCCUAAGAGUGUUUAAUUUCCUUCGCAACGACGACCUCAGAAGCGAGUGGGACAUACUCUCCAAUGGCGCACCAAUGCAAGAAAUGGCUCACAUUGCUAAAGGACAUGACCAUGGCAACAGUGUGUCCCUCCUAAGAGCUAGUGCUAUUAAUUCCAGCCAGAGUAGCAUGCUGAUUUUACAGGAGACUUGCACAGACGCGUCAGGGUCGCUUGUUGUGUACGCGCCGGUAGAUAUUCCCGCGAUGCAUUUGGUUAUGAACGGCGGUGACUCCGCUUACGUCGCGUUACUUCCGUCAGGUUUCGCUGUGUUGCCAGAUGGACGUAUUAGCGGGGGUGAUAAUCACGGCGGCGCGUCGCAGCAGAGAGAGACGGGAUCUCUUUUAACGGUUGCGUUUCAGAUACUUGUGAAUAGUCUUCCCACGGCGAAGCUGACGGUGGAAUCAGUGGAGACGGUGAAUAAUCUUAUUUCAUGUACUAUUCAGAAGAUAAAAGCAGCACUUCAAUGUGAGAGUUAAAUUGCACGCGAUUUUGAGUGGAGCGUGGGAAGAACGCGAGGUGUGGAGUCAAGAACGAACCGCGCGUGGAAAAACUCUUCUAAUAGUGGUGAGGAUCGAGACAUGGUUGGGUUUGGAUGCACGAAGGAAAUGUGGUGGUUCGGGUAUUGACUCGGGUUCGGGUUGACCCAUUCAAUAUGCAAAAAUAUAUUAUGUUGUGAUAGUUUGUUUAUUGUGAUGAGAUGGCGAAGUUGUUUUGUUUGCAAUGCAUCUUUUACUCCUAA